AAAUCAGAAUUCUAUUCUUCACUUGAAGAACAAGCUGCUGCUUUAGUGGAUCCUUCACUUCCUCUUGUUUCAAAUUUAUCCAAUCUGGCAUCAUUGCUUUACUGGGCUUUUCAUGAUAAAACAAUCAAUCGUCCUAUCAACUGGGUUGGCUUCUACUUGGCUACUUUAAAAAAGCCACAUACAUUGGUACUCGGUCCUUUUCAUGGUCGCAUUGCUUGUACAAUGAUCCAUAUCGGAAAAGGUGUGUGUGGAACAUGUGCCAUUGAACGUCGUCCUAUUCUAGUUGCCAACGUUGACGAGUUUUCAGGUCAUAUCGCUUGCGAUUCAUUGUCAAAGAGUGAGUUGGUGUUACCCUUGGUGCAUGCUGAUGGUCGUUUGCUGGGUGUUUUGGAUCUGGAUUCAACUGUCUUGCAAGGCUUUGACAAUGCAGAUCUGAUUGGACUAGAAAGUGUUGUUCAAACUGUU